AAGAGCCACCCAUCUUCUCUAUUGGAGAGCCUUUUUCUCUUAAUCCACAACCAACAACUUUGUACUUAAUCACCAGCUAUUACUUUAACUAUUUUAACCCAAAAUGAAACCACGCUAAAAUACAUAAAACAGUGUUCUUGAGCAUGUGAAGAAUAUUUUUGUUCAUUAUAUGAUACAUGGAUAGGUUUAUCAGGAAAAGGUUUUGUGAAUUUAGUGUUUUGUCAUGUUAUUACAUUGUUUAAAUUAAACGUAUAUAUCCGUUUCACUUAAAAUAACAUUUCAAAAGCAAUAAGCGGAACAAAGCAUUUUUUUUAGCGGGAAGCCCAAACAGACCAGUUUGAAAACAGAAGCUACUCGGUCAUUGGAUAGCGGUCUGAGGUCACAAAGCAGCCAAUCACAAACCGCUGUACCUUUAUGACGUCAUAAGCGUGUAUCAAUUGCUUUUGAAAGCAAGGGGCUUAAUGAAAAUGAACUUUGUUUUUUUUCCGCGGCACCGAGGAAGAAAUAGUAAGUUGCAGCAAUGGCAAGAACCAAGCAGACCGCUCGUAAGUCCACCGGUGGUAAAGCCCCGAGGAAGCAGCUCGCCACCAAAGCAGCCCGUAAGGAGACUCAUUUCAACGCGAUGGCGCACGCGCGCGAGGAAGCUCUUCAGACCACCACGGACAGUGAGGAAGAGUUUGCUUUUUCUUCAGAAGACGACGAAGAUUUGGAAGAUGAAAGCAUGUAUGUUAAGGAGCGAUCUGAUAAAGCCAAUGAUGCGAUUUGCAACGAAUGUGAGAAUGACAGUGAACAGACACCUGCCGCAAAGAGAGCCAGGACACUUUCGUGGAAAGCAGAGACUGAUGUUGACCAGGUUUCACAGACUCUGAGAUUCAUUCCUGCUCGAGAACCUGGGCCUCUGUUAUCUACUGCUGAAUCACACUCUCCCAUAAGUCUUUUCAAACUAUUUUUCACAGAAAGCAUUGUGGAAAACCUGUGCCACAACACAAAUGCUCAGGCUGCCAGGGCAGCUCUAAAGGGCCGCAAGUACAAGUGGACAGAUGUCAGUGUGGAUGAGUUUUACCGCUACAUCGGACUCGUGUUCUACAUGGCUACGGUGAAGAUGAGCUCCAUCUCUGACUACUGGAGACAGGACAGUCCUUUCUCUCUGCCUUUUCCAGCCACAGUUAUGUCAAAGGACAGAUACCGCAUCAUUUCAUGGAAUGUACACAUGAGUAACCCAGAUGUAGAUGAAGAGAACGACAGAAAGAGGAGCACAGCCCAACCUGACCAUCUGUUCAGGAUCAAACCCCUCAUGAACACUAUCCGUCUUGCGUGCAAAGCCUUCUAUCAUCCUAGAAGAAAUCUAGUCGUUAAUGAAAAAUUUGUGGCCUGUAAAGCAAAGAGAGAAGUGACAGCGCACAUGAAAGCCAAGCUGACAAAGUUGAAGUUUUUCAUCCUUUCAGAUUCAUCAAAUGGAUAUACUGUGGACUUCUCCGUCUACACGAGCAAGAACAGUUUACCCACAGACCGCGGGAUUUCGUAUGAUGCUGUGAUGUCUCUCCUGGACCGUAAAGCUUUGGGCUCUGGGUAUCAUGUGUACAUGGAUGAUUUUUUCACAAGCCGUAAGCUCUUCGCAGACUUGUUAGCUCUGAAGUUUGGUGCUUGUGGGGCAUACAGAGACCAGAGGAAGGGCUUCCCGAAAACUGCAGCUAAUUCACUGAACAGAAACUCCAGCAGGGGAUCCAUUAGGUGGAUUCGGGACGGUCCUCUUGUGUGUGUGAAGUGGAUGGACUUGCAAGUGGCGUCUGUUUGUUCUACCAUCCAUGCUGCCUUUUCAGGAGAGCGUGUGCAAAGAAAAAUCAAAGCACGACAUACGUGGAAGGCGAAGUCUUUUCCGUGUCCUGCGCCUGUGACUGCAUACAACCAGCACAUGGGGGGUGUUGACCUGUCUGAUCAGCUGCUGCAGUAUUACGCUACACAGCACAAAACCAUGAAGUGGUACAGAAAAAUCUUCCUACACUUCUUGGAUAUUGCCACCAACAACGCUUUCGUAUUGCACAAAGAACUUCAGGGCAACAUGACUCACGAUCAGUUCAUGGAAGAGCUUAUCGCAGAGCUCUGUGGCGUGUCACAGAAAGCAGCACCGAAACAGUUUAGUACAGACCAUGUGCCAAUUCCAGGAGCUAAACCGACUACAGUCGUCAGAAGAAUCGCUACUGUCGGUCGCCGGAUCUGUGUGCAUUGCAAAGCCGUGCUUGGAAAGAAGCAACAAACGCCUUGGAAAUGCCAGGCUUGCAACGUUCACUUGUGUCUUCAGUUAAAUAGAAACUGUUUCCAGCAAUGGCACAAAAAUCUGUGAUUUGUUAAAAUUGCAAAAAAUGUCAUGACAGAUGCAAAUUUAAUAAAUAAUCUUGGCAAAGCUGAGGCAGUAGUAUUCUUGGGGAAAAACAAAGUGAAAUUGAAGGCCAAAAAUGUUCAGAAAGAGAACAUGUCUGUUUAAAAAAGGUUUUUAUUUUUAUUUUUUCCUGAUGCAGUGUGCAAAAUAUGUAUGAAUAUGUGUGCAUAUUUAUUAUAUG